GACGGAGAUCUCUCGCGAGGAAGGACGCCAUUAUCGCAGCCGCCCGACAAACACCACGAGAAUUCGGCACCGCACACGGAUUGCAUGUCUCGUAAAACUGCUUGUUUGGGGGCCUGCAGUGGUGUUUGACUGCAAAGUGCAGCCUGGUUCUGAAUGAUGUCAGAACAGGAUCUGGCAGAUGUUGUUCAGAUUGCCGUUGAAGACUUGACUCCAGACAACCCAGAGUGUUGGGGUUUCAGAAGCCAGUGGAUCUGUCGAAGCAGAACAGCUGAUGUGGCAACUCUGCUUCCUCAUGUUGUGUUGGCGAAUCAUGAAGUGACAGAUGAUGAUGUAGAGCCUACUCUGAAACGUCAGCGCAUAGAAAUUAACUGCCAGGAUCCCUCUAUUAAGUCAUUCCUGUGUUCCAUUAAUCAGACAAUAUGCCUGCGACUGGAUAGCAUUGAGGCAAAGUUGCUGGCUCUAGAGGCUACCUGUAAAUCACUGGAAGAGAAGUUGGAUCUUGUCAUGAACAAACAGCACAGCCCCAUCCAGGUCCCCAUGGUGGCAGGUUCUCCUCUUGGCGCUACACAGACCUGCAAUAAAGUACGAUGUGUUGUUCCCCAGACCACAGUAAUACUGAACAACGACCGGCAGAAUUCAAUUGUAGCCAAGAUGGUUGGGCAGGAAGAGCCACUGAGCAGAGCAGCGGAUUCUCUGGAAAAUAUCCUUAGCAAUGCUGUUCCUGGACGUAGGCAGAACACCAUAGUGGUGAAGGUUCCAGGGCACGACGACAGUCACAACGAAGAUGGAGAGAGUGGCUCUGAGGCCAGUGACUCCGUUUCCAACAGUGGACAAUUAGGAAGCCAAAGUAUUGGGAACAAUGUCACUCUUAUUACGCUGAACUCUGAAGAGGAUUACCCCAACGGGACGUGGCUUGGAGAUGAAAAUAACCCUGAGAUGCGGGUCCGUUGCCCCAUCACCCCUGCUGACAUGCUGCACAUCAGCACCAACUGCCGCACGGCCGAGAAGAUGGCGCUGACGUUGCUCGAUUAUCUCUUCCAUCGGGAAAUUCAGGCCAUCUCCAACCUUUCAGGCCAGGGGAAGCAUGGCAAGAAGCAGCUCGAUCCUCUCAUGAUAUACGGAAUCCGCUGUCAUCUCUUUUAUAAAUUUGGGAUCUCAGAAUCUGACUGGUAUCGAAUCAAGCAGAGCAUAGACUCCAAGUGCCGAACAGCCUGGAGGCGGAAGCAGCGGGGGCAGAGUCUGGCUGUGAAAAGCUUCUCCAGGAGAACGCCUUCGUCGUCAUCUUACAGUGGUUCAGAGGGUCCUCAGAGCUCAGUGUCAGCUUCAAAUGAGAUCCAGCAGAACCAACCACAGGCACUGCACUACGCACUGGCCAACGCCCAGCAGGUUCAGAUCCACCAAAUAGGAGAAGAUGGACAAGUCCAAGUAAUCCCGCAGGGCCAUCUCCACAUAGCCCAGGUUCCUCAAGGCGAGCAGGUCCAAAUCACGCAGGACAGCGAGGGGAACCUGCAGAUACAUCAAGUGCACGUUGGGCAGGACGGGCAGGUGUUGCAGGGUGCUCAGCUGAUAGCUGUUGCAUCUGCUGAGCCUGCAUCAGGAGGAGUUGAUGGAUCCCCACUGCAAGGCAGCGAUAUCCAAGUCCAGUAUGUGCAGCUCACACCAGUGACAGACCACUCUGCAACCAGUCAAAAGUUUUCCAGUUCUUUUGAUCCGCAGCCUGGAUUUCCCACGGGAGCUGCAAUGUAUGCAAUUGGCACUGACACCCUCCAGUCAGCAAUCCAACCAGAGAUGCAGAUAGAACACGGAGCAAUCCAAAUCCAAUAAGAAAGUGGUGAAAAGCUGCGUGAGCUGAGAUGUCAGCGAGCCACGGUGGGAAAUGGAGCCCUGCAGUCGUCGUGCAGCCCCAGGAAGAUGGACUCAUAGGCUGACAGUGGCUCCUGUGCACACAGCAGGUUUCUGACCAUCCGUUUGUGCUCACCCAGAACAAACCGGAGCCAUUUGCUGCAAUUGGAGCUGCAUUGCUGCGUCUGUUGAGAAUUUACCCCUCAGAAAAAAAAGCAAACACGUGACCUGCCUGUAGGUAUAUUUAAGGAGGAAAAAGUCAGUUUGGAAAGAAACCCAACUGAUGGAAACAGUGAGACUUCAAUUCAUGUUUCAUCCUGUCGUUUCUUCUGUGAAAUACACCAUUUGAAUGUCUGCAAAAUGUCUUGGGAGGUGUAUUGCUGCUUUGCAAUACUUGCUUUACCACGUAUCAAGAAGAUCAAGAGCUCAAAUAUUUUUCACCCUUCAGACAGCUUUUUUAUUUGCAAUGGUGUUUAUAACAAAAAUGGAAAAUAUUAAAAAAAAAAGAAAGGAAAAAAAAAAAAGAAAAACCCCAUAACUGCGAGUAUUAGCCUUUUGCUGGUGUUUUCUGUUCAGUGUAAUGAAAAAUGUUUAUUUGCAGAAGACUAACAAUUUUGUUUGUACUGUUGCUUAACUACUUUUCUAGGGGAAAAUGCUUUUAAAUGCUGUAAUUAUGCAUUUCUAAUGAAAAAUAAAUGUGUAUUUAUGAAUAGUGCAGCUCUAAGUUGCUCUCUGCUGUAGGAAUGAGUACAGUUUGACCAGGCUGUGCCACAGCAGUGUAGUUCUGGAGCAUCCAAAGACAGAUGCUAUCAAGUAAGCUCUGCUGUCUCACUGAGAAGUGAGAUUAAGUCUGUAAGGAAGAUAUCAAUCUUAGAUAACGUUAUUAUCUGAAUUUCCAGUACAAGGAAAAUGGAAUAGUUAAGCUUUUGAGUCUGCAAAUCCUAUUUUGUGCAGUGAUACUAUGAAAUCAUUUUUACAAAUGUGAAUAAUUCUUCUGGGCUGUUUCCUUUUUAGUACCUCCUGUCUCCGUUCAGGGCAAUACCUCUGAUUGGAAUUCAUCCUUAAAAAGCUGAGUUACAGAACUUCUGAUACCCGUCUUGGUAUCCAGCCUGCAGCAGCAAGGUGAAAUCCUCUCCCUGCCAAGACUUAUGGGAAGCUGGAUAUCAGUUUCAGCAAAAGUAGCUUUUCAUAUUUGCUAAGCUUGAGUGGAAAGGAUGCGUGUCUGCUGUAACCUGCUUAGAAAAGUAUGGAAUUCACUGGGGGAGGGGUUGGCUUGUGCUUUUUUCAGCUGUGUUGAUCUAUGGUUACUGCCAGUGUAUGGCUCAUAGCGCAUUGAAUAUGUGAAUGAGUGGGGGCAUAGCUAUUCCACGUGGCUCAAUUCAAGAUAAAGAUUUUUCUGGGAAGAAAGAGAGGAGGCUGUGCACACCCAGUUCCUGGGAAUGUUGUCCUUGGUAAGCACUGCACUUUAUGUAAAUUCUUGCUUUCCUUCAGGGCAUUUGUUGACGCACAAAUACAAUGCAAACUGAACCACAGCCUGCAGAAUACAAUGUUUGCAACAGGCUAAGAAUUUGGCUGCUCUUCAGUUUCUUCUUUUAAUAGUGCUUCUCAGACUGGGUGAUUUUUAAAGAGCUUGGCACCCAAACAGAAGCCUAAAAAUAAAGCAAGGCUGUGCAUUUGAGUGUUUAAUAAUAAUUUAUCUCUUGGAAAUGACACUGAGUACGCAUAGGGAUGGCACACCUGCGUGCUGCCACAUACCACACCGUUGCUGCAAAGAGCCUUUCCUGUCUUCAUCAGAGAGUCCUUCUCUUGCCCAGCUUUCCUUUUGAGCCCUGAGCAUCUCCUUUUUUCACGAGGAACACACACACAGAUUUUAACUGUAGCAAUACCUGUCUUUAUGAUAUGAUGAAGUUUUUUUUUUCUCUGCAUUUUUCAGCUCAAGUAGAAGAUGAAGCGUAUGAGGAAAAAACUGAGUUCAAGAGAGGUUUCCUUUAGCCAUUAGAGUGCUGCAUGCUCAAGUCUUCAGCUCAGAGUGACUGCGUAGCAUUGGCUAGAUUUCAGGAGAAACUUUCACCAGUGUGGAGAGUGUAUAAAUCAUUUGAAACAUGUAGGUAAGCAGAGGACCAUGUUAAGGUCCUUCUGUGCAUUCAGAUGUUCUGGCUGAGUGUUCCUCAAGACAUGGGUUUUUCCUGGGCCGUGAAUGUUGUUUAGUCUCAGCUGUGUCACGUUGUGUUUAUGGCUCAAAGAGACUUGAGCACUGAGUCAGGUAUUCCUGUGAGUAAUUGUUGUCCCUGCUCCCUUAGAUUUUAUGUAGUUGGAGGAUUUAUGUCUUUGUCCACGGAGGAAAUGACUUCUUUUCAAGAAUGUUUUAUAUGUUUUCUAGACAUCACAGGCUAUGUCAUGUGCAAACCAGACAUUCCAGAGAAGAGCAUUUCAGGACAAGCUUGUAACUAUGAAGAAUCUGUAAGGUCCUGUGCAAGUGUGUUCAUACAGAGAUCUUCAUAACAGUAACGUAGCAGCAGUAAGAAAUCCUACCUGUAUUUAAGAUGCUCUUGCAGCAGUAUUGAGGGUUUGGCUUGGCUCUCCAUCCAGGUCGGCCACACAGAGGUAGUUCUGCCCACCAGAACUGUUUGGCCAUUGUGGUUGAUCUGCUAGGAAUGAGUUCUCAUUUUGUCUCCUUUGCUUAUUUGCAGCUUCUAGUGGUUUAAAAUCAUUUCUUUUUUCUCCUUACGCUGCUUUAGUCCAAGAGGCUGGGGGUGAGAACCUAUGACCAAGAAUCAUACAUUGUUGGCUUGUUUCGUUUCUGGUUUUGUUUUCCUUUCUUUUAUUCCUUAUUAGUUUUACAUAUUUUGCCUUGCAAAACAAAACUAUAAAAACGAGCACCCUUCUGUGACCCAAAUAAACUGGAAUGCCUUCGUUAGGCACAGUUUUAGACAUUUCAGUAUUGACAGUUUGCCUGCAAAGCAAGGAAUGCUGGCCAAGAUGUUGUUCUAGUGCUUGUCUCCAUCAUGGAGGACCUGGCACGUGUUUGCUACGCUCUGGUAGCCGUGGCUUUGAUAUCUGUCUGCUUCACAGAAUUGCUCUGGAGUUUCAGGUUAGAAAACACAGUGAGGAAGCUGAUAUCUAAUGAAGAAAAGAAACCACACCCACACAAAUUACUGCAGAGUAAUUUGCACCAACUUGUAUUGGUAAUUCCUUCAGAAUUCCUAUCUAGGCACUGAAAAUCUGGAGCCACAGCUAUAAUUCAGCAAAAACUGUUUUCCAUCACCAGGAAUAAGAAUGGCCCUUUCACCCGUGAUCAUCCCAAAGCGCUUCUGUAAGCUCUGCUGAUUUAGAUGAGUACUCGACAGUCAAACCUCAUUUCCUUGACUGAAGCCAGGAAUAAGAAAGUCAUUUAGUUACCCUGCUGCUUGGGGUAAGCUGAGAUUGCUCUUGUAAUGUGCUGCUACGAGCUGACGUGCUCAAUUUCUCUGCUAAACGUGGUUUGGUGUAUAUAGGGGUUGUUCUAUACCCCGCAAAGCUGUGAGUAACUGCAGCAGGUGGAGGCAGGAGCUGAUGGAAGCAUGGAAGGAGCUGUGCAAAGCUGAGAGCUGAGGUGGGUGGGAUGCAACUCAACAUCUGAAUAGGUCAGGGGACCUCAUCAAGAGUUGGUCAGUGGUGGGAUAAACCAGAUGGGACUGGGGGAAAACCUGUUUUUAUCCUCAUCCGCAGCUUCACAUGGGAUGUUUAAUUCAAGAGCGUGUUGUGCUUGUUGGCCUUAUUUUUCUUACUUAUUAAAAUGGGCAAAGUUUAUAUUUGUCCAAGAAGAAUGUCUUCUAAUUAAGCCUAAUAAAAUUUCAUACUUGGGGCAAAAAAAAAUGACAUCUUUAGGAUUCUUUUCCUGGCUGUGGAUAUUUGCGUUGAACCAGUAGGCAAGGAAAGGUUCUGUGCUUCUUCCAGACACAGGAGUUAAGCUGUGCUUUUGAAUGUUUAGGCAAACUAUCUGGUUUCAUCUCUUUCCAACAGCUCGAGUCGAGCGUGAGUUAAUAUAUGCUGUAUAAUCUUCCAGUAAAUAUUUUCUUUCGGGUUUUUCAUCCUAUUUAAUGGAAACUUAAUCCAGUUGUGCAACAGAUUGACAAAAGCUUGGAUGGAAAGCGAAGUUGAGCACGACGUCGCUCCAUCCUAUGCUAUGAUGGCAGCUGGAAGGACAGACCAUUCCUUGUCCCUCGCUGUGCCCCAGCCUGGACAUGCAUGGUAUUUCAUUUGAAAGCAGUAAAACCCCCCCAUUGUCCACACUGAUUCCCUGUUUUUCUUGCAGAAUCUUUGGGAUUUCUGUUAAAGACGUGCUGGGGUUUGCCUGCCAAUUUCAGUGCAUCGUAGCAGGAGCUGAGAAUUAAAGCAUGUCAAUUGAAGUAAAAGGGACUUUAUUCUUGCUAUUACCACAGGGAGAAUAAAUAUCCUGUACAUAUAUUUAGGACAUUUUUAAAUAGAUGAGUAGAUAAGUAUAUAUUAAAUUUGUCCUUGACUUCCUUGGUAAAGCAGGGAACAACUGGGAGCUGGCUGAUACCACUGGACUAAUUGAAAAGUACUCUUUGAUUUGCUUUGUGUACGUGUCUAUUAUAACAUGUCCAUAAAUAUAUCAUAGAAUCAUAGAUAGAUAUAGAAUAUAUUCUAUGAUAUAGAAUCAUUAUAGAUAUGUACAUACACCCCCCUUGGCCUGGGGUUGGUUCAGCUCUUAGUGCUAGAAUGGUCUCUCCCCUCUUUUCACUUCCUUUUGAUAUGGUUGUUUUUUUACUUCUCCCACCAUAAUCUUUCCUUCUAGUCUUAUGCAAAGCCUAUAUUGUUUUUUGCUGCAUUGAUCUUAGUAGAGGAGCUCAGCCAGCUACCUCUAAUUAAAAACUAGUAAAUGUUUAACCCUUGGGCUGCUGCGUUCUGAAUUGCAUCUGGCAGAGAAAGCAGCUGUGAGCAGGAAAGUAACUCUCUUCUUUGUCUUACCAGUAUAUAAAAAACCACCACCGUGUGGACAUGAUGCAUCUGCAAUUAAUUAUCAACCUUUUCAGUUUAAUAACCGGAUUUUGCCCUGCUUUUCCCACGUGGUAGCAAAAUUAAAACUUCUUUUGCAAGCACUCGUGUUAAUGCAAGUAGGCAGCAGUAGCUUGGGGUGCAUGGAGUGCUCUGCUCUGCCUUCCAGCCUGGGUGAAGCAUCAGUUGCAGUCACCACUUGAUGCCCUCCAUCCCAUCUCCCCGCUGUCCUACCCCUCUCAGGGCAGCUCUUCUCUAAUGAUCACAGGUUGGUGUUGUUUAAUUGGACACAAACGAGGUGCUCUCUGUACAGCAGAGUGCAGUUCUGCCCCGUGCUUUUGAAAUGCUGAGCUCUGGCUGGAGCCAUCUGCCUUGCAUAAUUGCCGUUAUUUACCAGCAGUUUUAUUACUCAAUCCCACUUCAACUCUCUUAAUCCCCCUGCUCUAAUGGGCUCCCUGCUCUCUUCAGCAAAACCAGAGGAGAAACAGAAAACCCGAAUGUUCGUGAAGGAGGAGGUGGGAGGAAUCGUGGAGCAGCUGAGAAAGGAGCUGUUUGUCCAUUUGUUUUGAAUCCCUUCCUUCCUUCUCAUUCAUUCAGGUUGUCUGCAGCUGAGCACGCAGCCCAGGGGGGUUCACAGCAAGAAGUCCUUCAUGUGUUUGAAGUACAAUAUUGACUAAAGUGUCCUCCUUUUAUCCAAGGAGCAGCAGCUUUGGAGGUAGGCAGGGGCAGGGUGGGGGGCUGAAGAAUAGUUACAAGCUCUGCUUUUAUUUAAUUCUUUUGUUUUGUUUUGUUUUUUGUAGGUUUUUUAAGCCUUGUUUAUAACUGACAGUGUUGUAAAAUAGCUUG